AUGUUAUACACAUUAUAUAGUAGUAUUGAAAGAGUAGAAUCUAGAAAUGUAGUUACUGUACCAAUGUACAAAAGAGACAAUCAAGUUGUUUUAAAACAAAGAUCAACUAUCAAACAUUACCAUAGUCAAGAUGAUGACUGUGUAUUAUUGGAUACUUCAAAAUUAGAGAAUACAAUAUAUGACGACUCGACUAUUCCAUUGGGUGAUAUUGAUAUUGAUAUCGAUAUUGAUGGUAACUCUACUACUACAACUACAACUCAUACGUUACACAAGAUCAAUCUUCGAGGUGGAACGUCAAAAUCAUUUGAAUACUUUAUACCAGUUUGGAUUGGAGACAAUUCAUUAAAAGAGCAACAAAUGUUUAUGGUACAAGUGGAUACUGGAAGCACUGCAUUGGCCAUUCCAGGAGACAACUGUUAUUUUUACAAUCAAAGAAAAACAAAGUGUAAAUGUGAUCAAGGAGCUCUGGAUGAUCUCUAUCAACAAGGAUCAUCUGCCGAAACAUUAUCAUGUCGUUCGUCUCAGUGUAAAAGAGGCUGUAGUUUUAUAACACCCUAUGCCUCUCAUCCAAGCACUUGUGGAUUCAAAAUAUCCUAUCAAGAUGGAUCAUUUAUUGGUGGUGAUCUUGUUACAGAUUAUGUAACUGUUGCUGGUCUAACUGUUAAAGCAAUCUUUGGAAAUAUGCAAGCUCAAUCUCUUAAUUUCUCUCAAUCGUCGUGUCCAGCUGAUCCAUUUGCAGCACCAAGAAAAAGAGAUGGUAUUAUGGGUUUAUCUUAUCAAUCAUUGGAUCCAAAUAAUGGAGAUGAUAUAUUUUCAUUAUUGGUAAAGACACAUGAAAUACAUAAUUCAUUUUCAAUGUGUUUAUCAGAUGAAGGUGGAAUGUUGGUGUUGGGAGGAGUUGACCCAAAAAUGAAUUCAACCCUAAUGAAAUAUACCCCAAUCACCAAUGAAAGAUAUUAUAGUGUCAAUUGUACAGGACUUAGAAUAGAUGGAAACAAUUUAAACUCUAAAAGUUUUCAAUCCAUCUCAAUUGUUGAUAGUGGUACAACAAUUAUGUUUUUAAAAUUAGAUAUAUUUAAUGAUUUGAUAUAUUAUUUGGUUCAACAUUAUAGUCAUUUACCAGGGAUUACAACACAAUCUGAAUCACUUUGGAAUCAUCAAUGUUUUACCUUGUCAGACAGACAAUUGGAGAAAUAUCCAACCAUUUCAAUGGUGUUCCCCAACACGGAAGGAGGACUCUUUGAAGUGGCCAUUCCACCAAAUCUGUAUAUGAUCAAGAUCGAUGACAUGUAUUGUUUUGGAUUUGAAAAGUUGCCUAUCAAAUCUCCAUACUCUGUACUGAUUGGUGACGUUGCUCUUCAAGGAUACAACGUACAUUAUAAUAGAGAAGAUGGUUCAAUUGGAUUUGCAAAAGUAACAGACAAUUGUGGUAUGGGUCAAGAUAAUAACCAAUACCAUGUAGAGAUGAUUUCAGAAGAGGUGCAAGAAAAUGAUUCACUCGUCGUCAAAAUACAUGCAAUCGAUGCCAAUGGAAGGGACGGAGGUGCACCAAACGUCAAUGUCCUCUUUGACAUUGUUCAAGGCAACUGUUUGUUUGCCGAGAAUCAAGCAUCCAACAUCUCUGUCCCAUCAGAUAGGUAUGGAAUUGUCAAGACAUUAUUGGAAUGUAGUCAAGAUCGGUCUGCCAUCAUUACUAUUAGUGCAUUUGAAAAUAAUAGAGUCAUAUCAAACAAGAUUCAUUUUAAUCUUCAAACCGUCCCGAAAUCAUCAGAUGGUGGUGGUGGUGGUGGUAACUAUAACAGUAGAGGAGGAUUUAGUUAUGGAUCACUCUUUGUAUCUUUUAUGUCAAUCUUUGUGGUUGUCAUCAUUUUAUUGGUUGCCAUUGUCUCUUAUUAUAUCAAACGAAACAGAUACAGUAUUCUCAGUAACAACAAUAUCGAUCUUACAAAUAUUGGUCCCAUUUCUCCAAGAAGUAGUAAUUUAGGAGGUGGAGGAUUAGGACAAUCUAGUCAUCAACAAAUAGAUAUGGUCAAUCUUUUAAAUACUAGUCAAGGUAGUAUCGAAAUUAGUGAUGAUGAUGAAGAAACAAAUUAUUAA